AUGAGAUUCGCAGUUAUUUUCUUAAUCGUUUUAAUGUUGGCCUUUGCUUCAGCCUCUUCCUAUUCGGAGCAACAAUACAGAGACUCUUUCACCAACUGGAUGCAAAAGCACAGCCGUUCAUAUGCCAGUCACGAAUUCAACACUCGUUACUCGGUCUACAAGAAGAACAUGGACUAUGUUAACGAAUGGAACUCCAAGGGAUCUGAAACCGUCCUCGGUCUCAACUCACUCGCCGAUAUGACCAACCAAGAGUACCAAGCCAUCUACCUCGGUACCAAGACUGACGCCACUGCCCGUCUUGCCGCCGCCUCUGCCUCUGCCUCUUUCGGCAAGGUCCAAGGUGCUCUCCCAGCCUCAAUCGAUUGGGUUGCCCAAGGUGCCGUCACCCAAGUCAAGAACCAAGGUCAAUGUGGUUCAUGUUGGUCAUUCUCGGCCACUGGUUCCACCGAAGGAGCUCACCAAAUCUCCACCUCUAACCUUGUCGCCCUCUCUGAACAAAACCUCAUUGAUUGUUCAUCAAGCUACGGUAAUGAUGGGUGCAACGGUGGUCUUAUGGACAACGCCUUCAAGUACAUCAUUGCCAACGGUGGUAUCGACACUGAAGCCUCAUACCCAUACGUAGCCAAGGUACAAAAGUGCAAGUACAACCCAGCCAACUCUGGUGCCACCCUCUCUUCAUACGUUGACGUUACCUCUGGUUCAGAGUCUGCUCUCCAAUCCCAAACCGUCAAGGGUCCAGUCUCUGUCGCCAUUGAUGCCUCUCACCAAUCCUUCCAACUCUACGACUCUGGUGUCUACUAUGAACCAGCCUGUUCAUCCACCAACCUCGAUCACGGUGUCCUCGUCGUCGGUUACGGUACCGCCUCUGCCAACGGUUCAUCCGAUUCUGACUCUUCUGCUGCUUCCCAAUCAUCUUCCUCUGAAUCAUCUGACGACCAAGCUACUCAAGGUGCUCAAUUCUGGAAGGUCAAGAACUCCUGGGGUCCAGAAUGGGGUUUGUCUGGUUAUAUCCAAAUGGCUCGUAAUCGUGACAACAAUUGCGGCAUUGCUACCACUGCUUCCCAACCAAUUGUCUAA